AUGCCAAACCUCUACUUCGAGAUCGAUCUCACAUCCCGAACACUGCAGCAGAUCGGCCAGACCGAGAAGCUAGGCAUGGUUCGUAUGGCCGUUUUCGGGGCCCACUUCAGGCCCGAGUUCCUCGGAGGCGCGCCGACGCUGGACCUCAGCGAUCCAAAGAAGCCCUUCAACAACCUUUGGAUCCCGUUAUCCAGGAGCGACAAAGGGCUUCUGGAGCCCAAGCCUUACGGAGAGCUCCACAUCAUGACGCUCUGGAGGCCUUCGCAGGAGACGGCCAUCACACGAAGGUUGCCCAAGAAGGUGCAAGUGUGGCAGAGCUAUGAAUUGAAGCAGGCAAUGAAGAACAACUCCAUGCACGAUCCCAUCUACGAAGUCCAGGCCUUGCAGACAGGCUAUGAUCCGAACCUCUACGCGAUCAAGGGCGAGCAACCGGCAUCCCAAAGCCAAGCAAACCUCAGCCACAUGCAGAAGAUGUUCGAGAGCGUCCCGUACCUGGACUGCUGCGAGCGCCAGCAGAGGGCUGCCUGGCGGGACUACCGGCAGAAGCUCAUGAAGCUGGAGGUCUCGAAGUGGUUUGAUAAUCAGCAGAUCACAAGGGCUUUGGAAGGCCCUGCAGUCGCACAGGCCGAGCAAGGAAGAGGAGCGGUCUCUUUGAGUGCAUGGCGCGAGAAGUGG